AUGUCUGGACGCGGCGGCGGACGUGGCCAAUACGGUGGGCGAGGCGGUCGAGGCGGCGGUCGUGGCCGUGGCCGUGGUCGCGGUCAUCAUGCAGCAGAUGCGCAUGAUGGCAAUAAACAGCAUUCACGCAAAGCUGCAGCUCCCGUCAGAGUCAAGGAAACCGAAGAACAAAGGGAGGCUAGGAAGUCCUACGGCUCCUGGAAGCGGCGGCUGGGAAAGACAGAGGCUGACCCUACUAAUAUGCGCCGUCUUUGGGAAGGUGCACUUGGUAUACUCGAGGCAGGAGAUCGAGACUGGCGUCAGCAGCUCCCACAAGACCUCAACGAUGAUGAAGGGACCGGUCCUCACCACAUCCUCGCUAUGCUCAGCACGAAAGUGGUAGGCGCAGAUUUCGACACCUUCAUCAACAAUGCGCGCAAUUUCCUUCUCACCCUCACACACCCUUCACUCCUGCGCUGCCUCGCUGUCGAUACUCAUGUCGGAUCGCUCUACAGCAUUUUCGGUGGAGUCGGUGGAAAGAGAGCUAUGCAGUUUCUCCAGCGUCUCUGUGAUGCUCUACUGGCAGCCCGAGUGGCAAGAGCUUCUUUGAGCUCCACGGGAGACAUUGAGGCAACCCUUCUCUCAGCAACACUCGCUCUCUUUGAGCUACUGAGACGCGAACGCAGGAUGCGCUUGAACGAAGAUAUCCCAACGCUAGUCGACAGUAUACAGGCAACAAGCGAUGUCUUCAAGAACGAGACGUCUUCGAGCUUCGCAACCAGGAUCUCCAAUCGACUCAACGAUGUUCGAGCGCUAGUAGCACGGACACAGAGUCUCAUUUCCGACGAUAAGAUGGGCGGUCACAGUAAUGCUGACGAUAUUGACGAUAAUAUCUCGUUCUAUCCACAAAGCAUGGUAGUUCCGUCUGACCGCUUCGAUAACGACAAGAGGGAUAUCGCUGAUAUGAUCAUAUUCCCAACUCGGGACGAGAUCAUGAGCGACGAAAAGGAGUUCCUGCCAUACACAAAUCCUGACCAGCCCCACUUCCUUGACGAUCCGGUUCAGCGCCAUAUAGACACCUAUUUCAGGUUGUUACGUCAUGACAUCUUCGGUGAAAUGAAGGGAGCAUUGGCAGGAGUCAUGCACACGGUGACAAAAGAUCCUACAGCAUCAUCUGAUCCCAGGCUACAUCUUGGAGAUGUGCGUGCCAACCAUUAUCUUCAAGCUCGAAUCAGCUAUGUUACUUUGGACAGCCGGAAAGGCUUGCAAGCUCAGAUCGAGUUCCUCCAACCCGGCUCUGUGCGUAAGCAAUCCGCAGCAGCGAGGGCAAUAUGGUGGGAUGAGUCGAGACGGCUUGAAGAAGGCACCCUCCUUUCAUUUGUGUGGCUCCAAGGCUCCAAAGUCCAACAUUCAUUCUUCAGUGUAUCGGACAAGAAGACCGAGCCACAUGAAGAGUAUGGGUUGUCUAAACAUAACAAUAUGGCUUACAUUACCUCGAGCCUUGUUACACAGGAUCAAUCGACAGUGAAAUUGCUCAUGCAAGCCAAUAUCGGAGCCUCCCGCGGUAUUCUGCUCGAAUUUCCCAAGGUGAUGCCUGCUACCUUCGAGCCCAUCUUGGAGAACUUGAAAGGAAUGCAUCGCCUAAAUCGCCUGCCUUUUCGACAGUGGAUCAUUCCAGAGAAGCAAACGGGUCCUUCACGAGUACAAAAGGCUCAGGACAUACCGCCUGCUCUGUAUGCGCGAGCUCCUGGCUUUCGAUUUCCACUAGGGAGCCUCGCGAAGGACAAGACCCAGGAUGAGUCGUUCUCACUGGAACCUACAUCUUCUUGCGAUGACGUAGUUUUGGUUGACAAGCUCGAGACCAAGACGCAACUCGAUCGUGGACAGUGUCGGGCACUGAUUGCUGCGUUGACGCGCGAGUACGCGUUCAUACAAGGACCUCCAGGAACAGGCAAGAGUUACCUUGGGCUUCAGAUCAUGAAGGUCUUGCUUGAUAUCAAAGAAAAGGCAGAUCUUGGACCGAUACUCAUUGUAUGCUAUACCAACCAUGCUCUCGACCAGUUCUUGGAGCACUUGAUUGACAUCGGUGUGCAAAAACUCGUCCGAGUAGGUGGCAUGAGCAAAUCUAAGAAGCUCGCAAAUCACAACCUUCGUACUGUGAGCGAUUUGGAGACUAAGACAAAGUCUGAGAAAUACAUGGCAGCCAUGAGGUAUAGGGAGCUGGAGAACAAAGAAAAGGAGGCGAAAUCUGUGUUCGCUGCGCUACACGGUCUGCAAAAACGUCCAGAGUGGCACAGUAUCAAAGGUCACAUUCACGAAGACUACCCAAAUAUCUACAAACAGUUUCGACAAGUAGAUGAAGAAGGUUUCAAAACAGCUGGUCGACAUCCAUUUGACGUCUGGAGGACAGGGACCGGACCACAUCAUGUUUCACUGACCACACAUGCGCUACAACGACUCAAACAGAAGGCGGAACGAAACAUCUACUCGCUCACGACUCAAGAGAGAAGCGCGUUGGUUGCUCAUUGGAUCGAAGAGGCCCAAGGCAGCAAGAUUGGCGAGUUGUAUGAAAUUGCAAAGGGUGCCAUGAAGACCCAGCGCGAGUUGAUCAACAUACAUGAGGAGCUCAAUCGAAGGGUACUGGAAGAAGCGGAUGUGAUUGGAGUCACUACUUCUGGACUUGCAAAGCGAAUCUCUGUUCUCCAGCAAGUCAAAUGCAAGGUUAUCAUCUGCGAAGAGGCAGGAGAAGUGAUGGAGCCUCAUAUGCUCUCAGCAACUCUCGGGGACGUUGAACAUUUGAUCCAGAUAGGAGACCAUGAGCAACUACGGCCCUCUGUAAGCAACUUCCGAGAUCUUUCGCUCGAAAGCGAACGGGGAAAGCUCCACCAGCUAGACAGGAGUCAGUUCGAACGACUCUCGAUCGGAGAACCUGGCAGACCUUUGAUGCCCGUGGCUCAGCUCAACGUUCAACGUAGGAUGCGCCCGCAGAUAUCGACACUUAUUCGUGAGACAAUUUAUGACAAGCUGAAAGACCAUGCAACGACUGCCGAACUGCCAGAUGUUGUCGGCAUGCGUCAAAAUGUCUUUUGGUUCGACCACCACAACCACGAAAACGGGAACGACGCGGAUGUCCACAACACCAAAUCUAAGUCGAAUCUCUGGGAGGUGAAGAUGGUGCACGCACUUGUCCGUCAUGUCGUCCGCCAGGGCGUGUACAAACCCGACGAUAUUGCAGUGCUGACCCCGUAUACUGGUCAACUCCAGAAGCUGCGUGCAACAAUGAGGAGCGACUUCGAGAUCUGUCUUAGCGAUCGUGAUCGUGAAGCACUCGAAAAGGAUGGCUUCACAGUUGACGAUAAUGUUGUAGACGAGAAAGCAGCAUCCAACCAACAGGGUUAUCUAGGCAAACCGCUAGAGAAGAAACAGCUUUCCGAAAUGCUGAGAAUUGCUACUGUCGACAAUUUCCAAGGAGAAGAGGCGAAGAUCAUCAUUGUCUCACUUGUGCGAAGCAACGAGAAGCGGAACGUCGGGUUUCUCAAGACUACAAAUCGCAUCAAUGUCUUGCUCAGUCGCGCGCAGCAUGGCAUGUAUCUCAUCGGUAACACAGACACGUACUCCAGCGUCGAGAUGUGGCAAAAGGUCAUUGGCAUGCUACGCGCUGCAGACUCAGUAGGCGAGCGCCUGGCUUUGUGCUGUCCCCGACAUCCUGAAACCGCCAUUGAAGUACAACAACCCGACGAUUUCCAGAGGCUUAGCCCAGAAGGCGGCUGUGCCCUGAACCCUGCAAGAUACUGCUUCACUGUGGGCAUACUUGUCCGGGAAGUUGCGGGCGAUGCAAUACCAAAGACAGGUAUGACCAGCCGGUCAUCAAACACGCUACUUGCAGGAAGACGUGUGGCAGAAAGUAUGGGACCUGUAACCACAGUUGCAAGCGUCAAUGCCACGACGGCACGGACUGUGGCUUGUGUCAAAACCCAUGCGAAGUGCGUUGUAAACACACGAGGUGUCCACAAAAGUGUCAUGAGCCUUGUACUCCAUGUAUCGAGUCGUGCGUAUGGUCCUGCGAGCAUCAAGGCGAUUGUAAAAUGCCUUGUUCAGCCCCAUGCAAUCGCCUUCCGUGCGAUGAGCGCUGUACCAAGCUUCUUCCAUGUGUGUGGCAUGAAGUCCGAGGAGCUUCCCGAUAUGGUCAUGAUGUCACGGUACGCCGACAUCGAUCUCAACGAAUCACCUAUAGUCAUUCUAGGUUGUGGUCAUUUCUUCACCAGCGAGACUCUUGAUGGACACAUCGGGCUCAAAGACGUUUACGACGUUGAUAUCAAGACUGGACGUUUCAUUGGCUUAAUUGAGAACGUUGAGCUUGCCGCAUCGGUGCCCCAGUGCCCGAACUGUCGCGAGCCCAUCAAGCAAUACAUCACUCAACGCUACAACCGACUCAUCAACCGAGCUGUUAUCGAUGAGAUGUCCAAACGCUUCAUCGUCAGUGGUCAACAAGAGCUUCAGCAGUUGAAAGGAGAACUGGACGAUUUGAGGAAUGAACUUGAAGACUCACGAGAGUCUGUUGUUCCACUUGAGCUAAUCAGGAUCCGCAAAGAGGCAAACCUCGAAAUAACCAUGCAGUUCAUUAACGAUGGGCUCAAGAAUCGUUCUCACAGUUCUAUCAGUCUGAUGAACUCAGUGAAGUCUCUUCAGCGAAGAAUGCAAGCUCAACAUCAGCCGACAUACAAGCUGCACCAAGCAACCGUCCAUGCGGUGGCAAAGAUGACUCCACUAGAUAUUGGACUGUCAAGCCUGGUUAUCGAUGCCUCUGCCGAAUAUGCAAAGCGUGAUCGCGAUCAGCGCAUCACCCUUGGUGGCAACCUGCUCGAGAUUAAGGUGCGAUGCUUGGUCCUGGAAGAUAACUUUGAGAUUGCGCAUGCCGUCGGCCUCAAGCGUUUUACAGCGACAAUGACGCUUAGCUUUCCUGGUGGCUCACCUGAAACUAAGAUAGAAAAGUUCCUCCAAGACUGCAUGAAGUUGAUUAACGAAUGUCUGCUUCAGAGUCUCCCCAAGCUUGCGGUUGAAGUCUCACUGUGCUACGCUCGAAUCGCCCACCUGUUUGGUAGUUCUGGACUCGCAAAAGAUAAGGAUCGCGUAAGGGCAACGGGUUAUCGCGACACUGCCAAAGAGUUACUGGAAAAGGCGAAGCAGCUUUGCAAACAUUCCUUCCGCGAUAGGGAAGUACUGCUCCAAGCCAUCAUUUCCACAACCAAGAUGUUGAGGAGUGAAUUCUAUGAAGCAGUGUCGAAGGAGGAAGUAGAGGCUAUCAAGAAGGCGAUGGUCAGUGGACCCGGUGGCAUCGCCACUCAUUCUGGGCACUGGUACAAAUGCGUCAAUGGACACCCAUUUGCCAUUGGUGAGUGUGGUAUGCCAAUGCAGCUCGCGCGUUGCCCUGAGUGCGGCCAGCCUGUGGGCGGUCAGAGCCAUACUGCAGUGGCUGGAGUUUCGCGCGCAACAGAGAUGGAAGUCUGA